AAAGGAUCAUUCUAAGCAAAAGCAAACAUUCUCUAAUGAACAUAAUAUUUAGGGUUCAACUUUUGUUCUGCGAGCAAGCCACCGUUUCAGGGGCUGCUGUUCUCGCUGCUUCGGUCGGAAUACGGAAUCUUCAAGAAACCAUGUACGGAUCAAGAGGGUAAGUUAAGCAAAUCUAUAAAAUCUAUCUCCUUAAUUUCAUGGCGGUGUUUGUUCUAAUUGCUUUAAAAACAUAAUCUUUACGGAAAGAUUCAUGUUUCUUUGAUUGAUUUGCUAGGAGUUCUGGUAAUCUAUGCGUUCUUUAAUGGAAUUAGGGUUUUUGCUUUACUCUGGUUUGAUUCUCGAUUGAUAACUGGAGAAUAAAAUAGGAGGAGUUAUUUAUGGAAAUAACGAUUGGAAUUUAAUUUUAUGUUUUAAGAGUUUAGGUUGAAUAAAUUGCGGAAUUUUCUGGGAAUUGUUAUGUGCUAAUUGAUUCUUUGUUUGGUAUACAGAUAUAGACGGGCUUUGAAAUAAAAUAAAAAUGAAAAUUACGACUAAGUAGUGAAUGUUCACCUAAUCUAUUUGAAGAAUUUGGUUUUCUAAUGCUUUAUAAUAUUUUUUAUGAUGGUAAUUUGCUUGUCAAGAGGUAUUAGAAGAUGAAAAAUGAAUUCUUUAUAGUUGUUGUGUGUAGAUAAUUGGAUAUUGUAUCUCAUCUCUGUGCUGCAUUGCAUUUGGUUUUGUUUGUUCUUUAUUGUUGUGUUGGGAGGGUUGAUAAAAAUGGCAUGUGCUU